AUGCUGUGAGUUUCUUGUACACGGAACGAAGUGCGUUUUCAAGUUUCGCGCCUUUUCCUUACAAAUAUCCUUAUAAAUUUCUCAUAUCAUGUUUUAGUGAAAUUGCAAAACACUUUCCUUUUUCAAUUAAGUGAAUUUAUUCCAAUGAAAUGCUUUAACUCUUCUGUAACAAAUAUUUUCAAAUGAGAUAGAACGGAGGAACAGAGAAGCUUUUUCUUCUGGUAAGCGAGUGAGUAAUCAAGUAAUCUUCUUGCACAUGUUCCAUCCACUAGAGCAGUUGCAAUGAGACAAAAUAGCCCUCUUAACCAUUUGGUAGCAGAACCCACGACAAGGUGAUUCAUCCACGCACGAUCGCGCUCUGCAGAGCUGCGAUCGCGAAUUUGGCGAAUAUUGAUGCGAAAGAGAAAAGAGAUUGACAAAAGAAGGCUAGAGAGAGAUGAUUGUGAAAUUACUGGGAAAACCCCUACCAUAUCCCCCAAGAGAUUCAAGCCACAUUCAUCAGGGACGUGGAGCGCCUUUGGAUUUCUAUUGAAACGCUUUUCGCGUCUCAAUUGAUCACUUCAGUCUCUGUGCGAUCACUGGACAAGGUGGCCAAAAAAUCUAAUAUCUUCUCCAUCUUCUCACCGGAAGUGAUGACGAAAGACUCUCAGUUGUUUUCAGGGUGAUUCUGAGGUGAUCUUGUGGUCUGGCUUUUGAGGUGGUUUUAUUGAGUGCUUGUGCCGCCAAAAAGCGGAUAAUGGCGCGAAAAAUCUGUGAUUUAUCAGAUGGUGGUAAAAUCUUGUGGAAAAAUGCAAAAUGACACGGAAAAUGAAUCUUACAAAAAUAUUAGUGAAAGUGGAAAUAAUGAAGAUGGUGAAAAUGCUGAGGAUACCCCAAAAAAUCCCAUGGUUCUUGUCCCAGGAGAUCCCGCCGAAUGGAAUGCACAGCACAUCGAAUCCUGGCUGGAAUGGACAACCAGGGAAUUCCAGAUUGAUCCACCACCUCAAACAGUGCGUUUUCCCACAACUGGACAGGAGUUAGUGAGUCUCACAAGGGCUGAUUUCUGGGUAUGUGCUGGCUCUAAGCUGGGAGGAAAUCUCCUGGCCAAGCACAUUGCUCAUCUCAUCCAAAGCUCCACUGGGAGAUCACAGAGCCCAUUGCUCAGCGAUGAAGAUCCAGAUCCAUAUCAGUUGCUGAAUGCGGCAUCACACAGAUUGGUGGCGCAAGGUUCCGGCCAGAUCCAAUUGUGGCAGUUUCUUCUGGAGCUCCUCGCUGAUUCGUCGAAUUCCGGUUGCAUAACAUGGGAGGGAACGAAUGGGGAGUUCAAACUCACAGAUCCGGACGAGGUGGCUCGUCGCUGGGGCGAACGAAAAGCAAAACCCAAUAUGAACUACGAUAAACUGAGUCGGGCUCUUCGGUACUACUACGACAAGAACAUUAUGACCAAGGUGCAUGGUAAGAGGUAUGCGUACAAAUUUGACUUCCACGGACUCAUGGCAGCAUGUCAGGCUCAGGCUCAAGGUGCAGAUGCAUCAGGGAUGAUCUCAGCAGCAACAGCGGCAGGAUAUGGGAAGUAUGGGAUGCCCGGAGGAGCCACGGAUCUCGGACCAAGUGUCUAUUCACAAGCGUCGGGCGGUGUGAAACCUGGAGUACCCACACCGUCCACGCAUCUCUUCCCACCGCCACCCUACUGGCCCUACUCCCCGCCACCCUUCGAUCCCCGACCCCCAUCUUCCUUCUGAGGCCCCAUCUCGGCUCUACUUUAUUGGCCUCCUCAGCAACACUCUCCACCCGCCUAAUGGCCAUUUAAUCCCUCCACGGGGUCACUGAAUGUCCGACGGCAAGUGAAACUCUGUCGUCCGACAAUCCCCCAGCUCCCUGACCCAUCCUCUCCCACUUUCAUUCAAUUUAUACACACCAUACAGCAAAUUACAGUGACAAUUUGCCACUUAUUACAUUCUUGUUAGCAAUAAUUAGAAUUAAUCUCUUUGCCCAAACCCUCCUUUGUCUCCUGUUUCCCUCCAAAAAAAAAUAUCGUGUUAAUUGUGAUUGAGACUAAUGUACAUUAAUUAUUAUUUUUAGAUGGCAUACAAAUGGCUCUAUAUCCCUUUUUAAGUGUAAAAAAUGUAACUAAACUGUAAUGUUGUUAAGAAGAUUAGAUUUAUGUGCAAAAGAUGAUUCCUUGUAUAACACAUACUGUAAAUGUAAACCAUCUCAAUUGACUUCUCAAGUGUAAUGCAAGAAGGAAUAAAGUACAAUUUAUUUAAAUUUAUUAA